UAUCGGGCCAGAGGCUGCUCCAGCGGCCAAGCAAGUGGCAAGUGCCAGUUGCUCCGCAGCAUUCGCCACGGUUGGUCGCGAUUGCCGGACGUACGGUGGUGUUGCGCUGCUCUCUCGAGAGGGAUCUCGCGGACAGACUCUAAGCUCUCUCUCUCUCUCUCCCUCUCGCGGUCUCUCCUUUGGUUCUUCGAUCGGUGACGCGCAUUCUCGAUCGCCCGCAAAACCGUCCGUGUCGCGCAGGUAGUCGCGAUCGUCGAGCGGUCCCGCCGGGACCCAGCCUGUCAAAUGAAUUGAACGGGGAAACAUGCGGCGCUGUGUCGGGAACGCAACGCAAGCCGGACCGAGUGGGUGCAUGUGAGCACACAUAGCGUGUGCGUGUCGUGCGUGUGUGAGUUCUUUUCUUCGUUUCUUCCUCCUCCCCCCCUCCGGCGACUUUCUGUCAUUGUCCGAAAACGCGAGGUGCCGACGAGAACGCGAGACGAUACGAUGUUGUCGACGAUACGCGUUGUCGUAUUCCUGUCGCUCGUCGUCGCCGAUCUCCACGCCGUGGCCAACACCGUCACAACGGCUAAGGAGGAGUGUAGGAAGAGGAUAGCCGAAUGCAUGAUGAAUGGCGGUGGAAACAUGCCAGUGUGUGGAAGUGACGGAAUUACAUACUCCAGUCAGUGUGAGGCUAUCUCUAGGCAAUGCAAAGGCGUGUCUAUUCUUAUCAAACAUACUGGGCCUUGUCCAGAGACACCGGCGUGCUUCUCGGCGAAGCUGACUGCUCGAACGGGCGCGGAGCCCACUUGUCGACAGGACGGUACGUACGCGCCGGUCCAAUGUCACGCGGAAACCGGGUAUUGCUGGUGCGUGACGCCGCAAGGUCGGCCGUUGCCCGACACGUCGGUAAGACACAAAAGACCACGAUGUUUGAGACCCGGUUCCAGAUCUGCUUCCGCUGCUUCCACUAGGAGCGGCCAGAGACGGCGCUCGCCGAAUUUCAAACAGCGCAGGCAGUAUGACAGCAACCGGCACCGGAAUACUUGCGAUCGCAACGAAAAGGCCAAGUUCAACGCGAACCUCAUCGAGAACUUCAAGAUCGAGUACAGACGGACGAACAUAUCCGCUGAUGGCGAUAAGGACGUCGGGCGUGUGCUCUCAUGGAAAUUCGCGACUCUGGACAAGGACGGGGACGGCUUCUUGAACAGAACGGAGUACAAGGAGCUUAGAAGACUCGCUAAGAAGGCGGUGAGACCGAAGAAGUGCGCACGCACGUUCGCCCGCACGUGCGACCUAAAUCGAGAUUUAAAGCUAUCCAAACAGGAAUGGGGUGCUUGCCUCGUGAAUGAUUUCACUCUACAUUUGUUCUUGUCGCUGAACCCCGCAGACGAGCGCCCCGAGGUCCCUGAGGCCCAAAGGACACGGGCCACGGACCAAGUUUUAAAAGGUAGCCCUGCACCUAUUCAUUCGAAACCGACGUUUACCGACGAACUUACGGACACUAAGGAGGAAAAUGAUGCGAUUGAUUGUACCGCGGAUAGAAAAGCGGCGUUGGAAGAUCAAAUACAUUCGGAAGAGAAGUUUUACGUUCCGGAAUGUACACCCGAUGGAAGAUACCUUCGAAUACAAUGUUAUUCGGGUUAUUGCUGGUGUGUGUAUCAGGACACGGGCAAACCUAUACCGGGAACAUCCGCGAAAAAUCUCGUGCCAAAUUGCAACCCAGUUCCAACUCCCAGCAGACCUAUGAAAGGAUGUCCGGAUUUGAAAAAGCAACUAUUUCUCCGAGAUCUAAUGGAUCUCAUGCAAACGAAGAUGAAGGAAUCGAACACCGAAUCCGACGAGACUACCACCAACUGGCAGGCGUCUAAGGAGGAGAGGAUAGCUACGUGGCAUUUUGUGAUGCUUGAUAAAAAUAAGAACAAGGUUUUAGAAAGGAAAGAAUGGAAAAGUUUUCGUGAAAUGGUGGCGAAUAACAAGCAGCUUCGGAGAUGCGGCAAGAAGCUACCGAGAUACUGUGACAUCAAUAAUGACAGAAAGAUCAGUAUGACGGAGUGGCUUAGUUGUCUCAAUGCUCAACGUUCAACGACAGGUGACAAUAUGGAGAAAGCAUCGACGAGUAAACCGAAGAGGAUGGGCCCGAAUCCACUAGACAAGUUUCUUAAUGACGAUGAUUAGCAGCAUAAUGUGAUAAUAAAGUGUGCUCGCGAUUUCGUAAAAGGACGAUCAUCCUUUUCGCUAUUGAACUCUAAAUCAGUUGCCGUUGAAGACUCUGAUUUUUAAUGUAUUUUGUAACCGUUAAUGUGAGUAUAGCUGAUGUGUCAUAGUAAAAUAAUAUAACGAUAAAUUUAAUCGCAUUGUAAAAAAAAUUUUUAUUGCAGAUAUUGCAAGAUCUCGAUAUAAAAGUAUAUCUUUUAUGUUUCUAUUAAUUGUUAUAGUGAAUGCAUACGCGUUGUAGCCAAACAACGUGCACAUCAGCGUACUUUAGUACCGAAUGUCAAUGUAGUAAUUGACAUAAAAUUUUUAAGACAGCUAAAAUGUAUUUACAAUACGAUAUAUGAUAUGAAAUAUUCGGCUGACGACCAUAUUGCAAUGCGUAAAUGUCAGGUGAAUCGGCAAAUUCAUAUGUUUGCUUAGGAUUACGCAAUGUAUUAGAUGAAUUAGUUGCAGCUUAUGAACUUACAUAUUGACGUAAUUAUACGAUAAAUAAUUAACUGCCGUUUUGAGGAUUUUGUAUUGAAAAGUUUUCUUUAAGUUUGAGAUUAAAAUUGGAAAGAAAUCUUAUACGUGUAUUAUUUUAAGAAGAAAUUAUAGAAAUAUGUAGUUGAACGAUUAUUUUUGCUUAAAUAUCAGAAUUUCUUUAUACUUUUUUACGAAGACUGUGUAAUCGUUAUAUUUUUAGUGCAAUUUUUUUAAGAAUAAUUUGACAUUUCUUUC